AUGUCGGACAGAGAACUCAGUAAUACCUUAAAGGAACUCAGCAAUACCUUAAAAGAACCCAGCAAUACCUUAAAGGAACUUAGCAAUACCUUAAAGGAACUCAGCAAUACCUUAAAAGAACCCAGCAAUACCUUAAAGGAACUCAGCAAUACCUUAAAAGAACCCAGCAAUACCUUAAAGGAACUUAGCAAUACCUUAAAGGAACUCAGCAAUACCUUAAAAGAACCCAGCAAUACCUUAAAGGAACUCAGUAAUACCUUAAAGGAACUCAGCAAUACCUUAAAAGAACCCAGCAAUACCUUAAAGGAACUUAGCAAUACCUUAAAGGAACUCAGCAAUACCUUAAAAAAACUUAGCAAUACCUUAAAGGAACUCAGCAAUACCUUAAAAGAACCCAGCAAUACCUUAAAGGAACUCAGUAAUACCUUAAAGGAACUCAGCAAUACCUUAAAGGAACUCAGCAAUACCUUAAAAAAACCCAGCAAUACCUUAAAGGAACUUAGCAAUACCUUAAAGGAACUCAGCAAUACCUUAAAAGAACCCAGCAAUACCUUAAAGGAACUCAGUAAUACCUUAAAGGAACUCAGCAAUACCUUAGAGGAACUCAGCAAUACCUUAAAGGAACUCAGCAAUACCUUAAAGGAACUCAGCAAUACCUUAAAAGAACUCAGCAAUACCUUAAAGGAACUCAGCAAUGCCUUACAGGAACUCAGCAAUGCCUUAAAGGAACUUAGCAAUACCGUAAGUGAACUCAGCAAUACCUUAAAGGACGAGCAUAGCUGA